AUGUCUGUGGUAAACCCCUUUGAAGGUCCGUAUGGACCAGCUACGGACGCGAUAAACGCUGUGCUGACCGCUCAGGUCAAGGAUGUCUUCGGAUACAGGACUUUCUCGCAGUCUGAUCUGCUGUUCCCAGGUGAUGAGAAGGCUCACAUACGCCAACUGGAUGUGCGUGCCGGUGCCGGUGCCACACCGCUGGGCUACGCCAGCGGUAAAGCUGGCAGAGCCGGCUUAGUCGGUAUAAUCGCGCCAUCUUACUCGCUGCCAUACUUCCACCGUGCGCUGGCCCAGGCUGGCGACAGCAGAGUGGUGUUGAACGUCGGUGCUCUGGGCUAUGACUCUGAGUCAGGUGCCGUGACUAACGACUAUGUCACUGCUCUCGAUAGCGCUGCGAAGCUUGGGUAUGGUGUAGUGACGCCAGUCUCGACCAAAGAAGUUGCAGCAACCACUUUGCUGACCGUGGCUGUGUCUAAGUUUGCUAAGGCUCGCGGUGCUGUGCACCUUUUCGACGGUCUCAACUACUCUAGAGCCAUCGGUGUGGUUCCAGCUUUGGAUUUCGACAAACAGGCCGACAUCAUCAAGAAAUUGGAGAAACUGCUGCCUUCCAUCGACUCAAACUCAUUUGAAGAUGUGCUCGGUAAGUUUAACGAGGUCUCUGGGUUGAAAAUUCACAAUUUCCAGACCCAAAAUGUCGAGUCUGCGGAGGUUAUCUACGUUACUCACGGUUCAUUGGAAUCUGAACUGUUCAUUGACGCAGUUAAGAACUCCUUCCAAUCAAAUGUGGGUGUUAUCGCAGUGAGAGUACCUUUGCCUUUCAACGUCGAGAAGUUCACUGCAGUCAUUCCAAAGACCGCUAAGAAAAUCGUAGUCAUCGGCCAAUCCUUGACCGGUGACUCGUCCUCUCUACUGAAGUCAAGGGUCUCGGCUGCUUUGUUCUACUCCAACCGUAGAGAUAUCCAAGUCUCUGAGUACUUGUACAAGCCUGAUUUUGUUUGGUCUCCAGCUGCCAUCAAACAGAUCAUCGAGACUUUCAGCCCUGUGGACACGAUCAGCAUCGGCGAAGACUCUAAGGGAACAAGUAAGUCUUUCAUCUACUGGGCUUCCGAUAAGUCGAUCAACAUCGACCUGGCCUCAAAGCUGGCAUUAUCCUUCUCGUUCACCUCUGGUAGUCACAUCUCUUUCAGAUCAAAGUACGACAACAUUAACAAUGCUGGCACUUACCAGGCCCAACUGGUCAACUCAGACCAUGAGACUGCUAUUCUAUCUAACAUUGAUGCAGCUGAUGUCUCCAUUGUUGAAGACAGUGCAUUGCUGAACCACUUCAACAUCAUCGCUACAAUCAAGAAAGGGGGUGUACUAGUUGUAGCAACUUCAAAGUCUACUAAAGAUGUUGAUCUAUCUCAGGUUGAGUCAUACACUGAAAACCUAAAGUUCCCAGUCCACUUCUUAAACGCUGUCGCUGAAAGAAAUAUAAACUUGUACGUUGUCGAUAAGACUGCAAUCGAAUCUGAGAGAUUCAUUGGUUACAUCAUUCAAGCACUGGUCUGGAACUUGACCACCAAACGUGGACUAGAACAGCAUAUCCAAGAUGUUUGGAAUUCUGCGAGUGCUGAGGAUAAGACAACUGCUCCUGAGUUUGCUGACCAAAUCCUAAAGGGCGUUGAAUCCAGUGUGAAGGUAAUUUCUACUGAUUUAUAUCCUGACUUUGCCAAGCUCGAAGAGCCAGUUGAAGAAAAAGCAGAAACGGAUGAGGAAGAGGAAGAUGAAAUUAGAGAGUUGCCAAUCUUCCCAAUUGAAACUUCAUUUAAUGUAAGCCAAUCUUCCCAAAAGCUAUACCCAGAAGCAGAAGUUAACUCGAAAUCAAGUAUUGCUAAAGCUUUGGCCUUUAAGGAAGCUUAUGAAACCACUGAGGAGUUGAGACCGGACUUGCCAGUCAAGAAUUUUGUUGUCAAGGUUAAGGAAAACAGACGUGUUACUCCAGAAGACUAUGACAGAUACAUCUUCCAUAUCGAGUUUGACAUUUCGGGUACUGGUUUGAAAUACGAUAUUGGUGAAGCACUUGGUAUCCAUGCUAGAAAUAAUGAAGAACAAGUAAGAGAGUUCUUGAAAUCCUACGGUCUGGAUGAAACCGAUAUUGUCUUCGUUCCUAAUAAGGACAACAACGGUAAAUUAGAAGCAAGUUCUGUUCUACAUGCUUUCAUUGAUAAGCUAGAUAUCUUUGGUAAGCCACCAAAGAGAUUUUACGAAGCAUUGGUUGAAUAUGCCACUGACGAAGAAGAAAAGAAGAAGCUUCAAAAGUUGGUCACACCAGCUGGUGCAGUUGAGCUUAAGAAGUACCAGGAUGUUGAAUACUACACUUACGCUGAUAUCUUUGAAUUGUAUCCUUCUGCUAGGCCACCAUUGGAAGAAUUGGUUACCAUUAUUUCACCUUUGAAGAGAAGAGAAUACUCUAUUGCCUCAUCUCAAAAGGUUCAUCCUAAUGAAGUUCAUUUGCUGAUCGUUGUUGUCGACUGGAUUGACAACAAGGGUAGAAAGAGAUUCGGUCAAGCUUCUAAGUAUAUCUCUGAACUUUCUGUUGGCUCAGAAUUGGUCGUAAGCGUCAAACCUUCUGUCAUGAAGUUGCCACCUUCACCAAAGCAGCCAGUUAUCAUGAGUGGUUUGGGUACUGGUUUGGCACCAUUCAAGGCCAUUGUUGAGGAGAAAUUGUGGCAGAAGGAACAAGGUGAGGAAAUUGGUGAAGUUUAUCUAUUCUUGGGCUCCAGACAUAAAAGAGAAGAAUAUCUAUAUGGUGAGUUAUGGGAAGCUUACAAAGACGCUGGUAUCAUUACUCAUAUUGGUGCUGCCUUUUCGAGAGAUCAACCUCAAAAAAUUUAUAUUCAGGAUCGUAUCAGAGAAAGUUUACCUGCGUUGAAGUCUGCUAUGGUUGAUAAGGAAGGUGCGUUCUACUUGUGUGGUCCAACUUGGCCAGUUCCUGAUAUUACUCAAGCUUUGCAAGAUAUUUAUGCGGCUGAUGCUGGUGAGAAGGGUUUGAAGGUUAACCUAGGCGACAUCAUCGAGGAACUGAAGGAAUCUUCCAGAUAUAUCUUGGAAGUCUAUUAG